GUUAACAGUUAACAUGGGGUUAAAAAUUAGGCCAUUGGUUUCUGCUCUGAGAGUAAAUUCGCGUCUAUUUUCAACAUGCAAGCGUUCAAGCCAAUUCAACGAACCUCUCUCCGGUCACAGUAUGGCCAGAGCAGGAGGAAUUGCAUCCAUGAUGCGACUGCCAGUGCAGGAAACAGCAAAUGGCCUACAUGCAUGUUUUGUUGGAGUACCAUUGGAUAUUGGGACGUCCAAUAGAUCUGGCACCAGAUAUGGACCUAGACAAAUCAGAGCAGAAUCUGCUUUAAUUAGGAAAUGUAACAAUGCAACAGGAGCAUCACCAUUUGAUUCUUUCCAAGUUGCAGAUGUAGGUGAUGUCAACAUUAACUUAUACAAUUUACCCAAAGCAUGUGAAGACAUAAGAAAACAUUUUUUGAAGAUCAUCAAUACAGGAUGUAUUCCUUUAGCUCUUGGUGGAGAUCACACAAUGACUUAUCCUAUUCUACAGGCUAUUAAGGAGAAACAUGGACCAGUUGGAAUGGUACACAUCGAUGCUCACUCUGAUACAAACGAUGUUAUGUUGGGUGAAAAGAUUGCUCAUGGUACACCAUUUAGGCGUGCAAUAGAAGAAGGAUGUUUAGAUGGUAAAAGAGUGAUCCAGAUUGGAUUAAGGGGGAGUGGUUAUAGUACCUCGGAUUAUGAUUGGGCUAAACAACAGGGUUUCCGCUGUGUGCAGGCUCAUGAAUGUUGGUAUAAAUCAUUGACACCUCUGAUGGAAGAGGUACGACAAAUGAUGGGAGAUAAGCCUGUUUAUAUAUCAUUUGAUAUUGAUGGACUAGAUCCCUGCUAUGCUCCAGGAACAGGUACUCCAGAAGUAGGUGGAUUAACUGUCAUACAAGGUCUAGAAAUUCUCAGAGGUUGUAGAGGUUUGAAUGUAAUUGGAGGAGAUUUAGUGGAGGUGUCACCUCCAUAUGAUACAACAGGUACUACAGCUUUGGUUGGAGCCAAUAUGUUGUUUGAAAUGUUGUGUGUUCUUCCAGGUGUCAUAUAUAAGUAAAAAUAUAGUAGGAAACCUGAUAUUGCAGUAGCCAUUUAUGAAAUUUUUGUGCCAUACUUAUCAGGAACUAUGAAUCACAGCUUCCGCAGAGCAUGCUUUACUAUAUGACAUGUGCUUUAUUAUGCCUCGUCAACUUCCCACUUAUUUCAACAUCAGAUAUUAGCCUGCUAUUUUUGGGAAAAAAAAAUUUAUAAGGGUUUUAAAAAUUAUUAUAAUUUCAUUGCUCAUAUUAAACAAAAUUUAAGCAGAACAGUUAUGAUCUCUUAAAAAAAAUAGAACCAACAUCUUAUAUUGGGAUUUAAAAUCAAAAGAUCGAAGAUGAAAGUAUCAUAUAGUUUGAAACAAACAAAUGUUAUUCCUUUUUCAGUGCAAAUUUCAUAAAGUUUUAUUCUAUAAGUGGCUGUAUAUGUUGCAGCUGGUAAUUUUAGUGUACUUUUUAAUUGGCAUUUUCUUUUCUUGUUUUGUUGUAUGUAGUUGUGCAAUAGUUUUGGAAUAUAAAAAAAAUACAGUUAUAGUAUUUUGAUUAAAAAAGAGAACCUUUUCAUAUAAACAGAGAAUAUUUAUAUAUUUUUAUAUUUACAUAUACAAUGUAGUACUUUAGAUGCUAUGUAAUUUUUUAAAUGAGUAAACAGAGAAUGAAAGUAAUCUAGAAUGUUUAGUCUCUGAAUUCAGAAUAUUGAUACAUUUUGUAAAAACAUUGAAUCAAUUAAACUUGGUUUUGUUGUAGUAAUUACUAAUAUUAUUUGAGGGAAUUUAAUGUUUUCUAUGUUCACUAUUAGUUCAUUUAAACAGAUUUUGUUAAAUAUCAUUAUUUGUUAUGUUCAAAGAAAUGAUUUUUCUAUAGUCUUGGACUCUUGGGUAUAUUUUGUUGAAGCAUUUAACAUUUUACAUAGGAAUUCACUGUUUACAUCAACAUUUGAAGCCUUAAUGUCUAUUGUUUUAAUACUUCCAGUUAAAGAUAAAAAAAGACACAAAAGAAGCAAACAAUGAUACUGUGUAUAAUGUCUAGAUUUUGUGAGACAGUGAAAUAAUACAACAUGGUUUAUAGAUUGAAGAAUUCUCUACUGAUUUGAUAACAUGUUACCGAUUUGAUAAAUGUCACUGCAUUUGUAGCCAAAGUUAUGGUAACCAUGCAUUACUGUAAAAUGUUUAGUCAGUCAAUAUAUACUUUAUGAUGUACAAUUUCAUAUACAAAUGUACAUGUAUGCAAUAAUGGUUAGUUCUCAUAUUUUUUUUUUCGUAGUAAUUUAUAUUGAUCCAUUUUAUUUGGACAUUUAUUGCAUUUAUAAUUGUUACUUAUACCAUAUUUACAAAUGAAUUAAAUCAUUUUAUAAAAAA